AUGACCAGGGUUGUUCUCUUGGUAACUGUGUGAAUUGGACCAUUUUCCUGUCCUGCUAAGCAUGCCAACUGUAAUGAGUACUUUUGGGUGUCAUGGAAAAUGUAUUGAGUAAAAAGUACAUGAUUGUCUUUAGAACAGGAGUCGAGAAGGUCAGUGUGCAAAAUCUGGACAAGAUAGAUUGCCGCGGGGGGAAAAUAGUGUUAUAGACAAGAUAAAAACGUCAAGACAGAAGAGAGAAAGGCCAACUCCGAUUAUGUCUGAGGCUGGUAACAUCAAAAGUGAGGACAAACCCAAUCUACAGUCACUGGGUCCUGAUUGUGACAGUGGAGCCCAGUUUCCACUGCAGGAUCCAGAGAUGGCAUCAGUGAAGCUGGAAGACUGCAGUCAAACACUGGAGCUGAAUGUCAACAUUAAAGAUGAAGAAGAGGAGGAGAAGAUUGGGGAAUCUGUUUAUGAUGAAGACCAUGUUGAGACAUUCUCUACAUCCAGAGAGCAACAGCAGGAAGGUCACAGAGCUAAGAGGUCUCACCCAUGCCCACAUUGUGAGGAGAUUUUCCCAUUUCUAUCAAAGCUAAAAAUACACCUACAAAUACACACAGGGGAGACUUUGUAUUCUUGCACUGACUGUGGGAAGAGUUUCACAACAUCACAGGCUCUGACAGUUCAUCGGCGAGUCCACACUGGAGAAAAACCUUACUCCUGCUCUGACUGUGGGGAGAGUUUCUCCCAUCAGAGCAACUUAAAAACACACCAACGUAUACAUACAGGAGAGAAGCCUUACUCCUGCUCUGACUGUGGGGAGAGUUUCUCUCAACAGAGCAGCUUAAAAACACACCAACGUAUGCACACAGGAGAGAAGCCUUACUCCUGCUCUGACUGUGGGAAGAGUUUCACCUCAUCAAGCAGCUUAAAAAAACACCAACGUGUACACACAGGAGAGAAGCCUUAUUACUGCUCUGAUUGUGGGGCGAUUUUCUCCCAGCAGAGCAGCUUAAAGUCACACCAACUUAUACAUACAGGAGAGAAGCAUUACUUCUGCUCUGAUUGUGGAAAAUGUUUCACAAGAUCAGUUGAGCUAAGAGUUCAUCAGAGAACACACACAGGAGAGAAGCCUUACUGCUGCAAAUACUGUGGGAAGAGUUUCUCUCAACAGGGCCACUUAAAAUGUCACCAGCGAAUACACACAGGAGAGAAGCCUUACUACUGCUCUGACUGUGGGAGGAAUUUUUUCCAACAGAGUGGCUUAAAGUCACACCAACGUAUACACACAGGAGAGAAGCCUUUCUCCUGCUCUGACUGUGGGAAGAGUUUUUCAAAUCAGAGCAACUUAAAAACACACCAACGUAUACAUAAAGGAGAGAAGCCGUACUCCUGCUCUGACUGUGGGAAGUGCUUCACAACAUCAACUGAGCUAAAAGUUCAUCAAAGAAGACACACAGGAGAGAAGCCAUACUUCUGCUCUGACUGUGGGAAGAGUUUCACCCGAUUGGCUACCUUAAAAACACAUCAAUGUAUCCGUAAAGGAGAGAAUUCACAUCACUUCUCUCAGACCAGCUAAGAUUAAAGUCACUCCAUCAAUGAAUCCUCAUCUCAUAAAAGAAGUGGUAACAGUGAAUUUGAUAACAUUAAGAAAGUGUAACACUAUUGUAAUCAUAUUGUUUCUCACUGUGAGGGAACUGUG